AUGGAGCUGCAUUCCAGUAUUUAUAAUUACACAUUUCUUAGCAAAGGAUUUACUGACACUUGGGUGGACUUUAUGAGGAAUAAGUUCAGUAAUAAUCCUGAGGAACUCCCUGAAAUCAUUCUAACAGUGUCCUUGAUCUGCGCAGUUGGAGCAUUUUUGAACCUACACUUGAAAGACUUUCCAAUUCCUCUCCCUGUGAUAUUAUUUAUAAUUGGAUGCAGUUUAGAAAUAUUAAGUUUUACAUCUGACCAGGUCCUAAAAUAUGCAGACUCCAUACAAUGGAUGAGUCCACAUUUUUUUUUUGAUUUGUUUACACCAGUAAUUAUCUUUAAUGUUGCGUUUGACAUGGAUGUUUACAUGCUCCACAAGUUAUUUUGGCAGAUAACUUUGAUUACAGUUCCUGGAUUUUUAAUCAAUUAUACAUUAAUUCUUUGGUAUCUGACAUCUGUGAAUAAAUUACAUUUGAAAACCACCCCAAGGUGGUUAUUCUCAGCUAUUCUUCUGAGUUCAGAUCCCAUGCUGACUUCAGCUGCUAUAAGAGAUCUUGGUCUAUCUAGAGACCUCAGCAAUUUAAUUAAUGGAGAAAGUCUGAUGACCUCUAUAAUGUCUUUUAAUAUGUUUACUGCUAUUGUAGAUUUUAGCAUCAACCGGAAAAAGUUUAACUAUUCCAUAGUACACAGCAUCGUAGAGCCAACAAUGACAUAUUAUGUAGCAAGUUUCUUGUUUGGAAUUCUAAGUUCAAAACUGGUUCAGUUGUGGAUGUCUACUGAUUUUGGUGAUGAUACCAAUCAUAUAAGUCUCAGCCUUGCAAUUCUGUACUUCUUCUAUUUUAUUUGUGAUAUAGCUGGAUUGUCGGGAGUCUUUACACUGGCUAUUAUGGGACUUUUUUUAAAUUCUACAAGUUUUAAACCAGGAGUUGAAGCACUACUUCUUGAACUCUGGAAUUGUCUAGCAUUUGUUGCUUUUCUUAUGGUGUUUACGUUCACUGGACUUCUAAUUCCUGCAUAUACAUAUUUAUAUGUAUCAUUUUCUGAUAUAUACUAUUCAUUAAAUAUCUACUUCACUCUUAUUGUUAUAAGACUUCUGGUCUUUCUAAUAUUGAGCCCUUUUUUGUCUCGACUUGCUGAUGGGUUCAGCUGGCGCUGGGCAUUCAUAAUGGCCUGUAGCGAAAUGAGAGGGGUGCCCAGUAUAAACAUGGCCAUUCUGCUCGCCUACUCAGAGGUUUCUCUUGUAACUGAGAGGGAAAAAUCGCAAGUAUUAUUUCACGGAGUGUCAGUAUGCUUAAUUACCCUAACUGUCAAUAGAGUUAUUUUGCCGAUGGUAGUUAGUAAACUAGGUCUGCGUGACAUCACAUCCACAAAAUAUAAAUCACUUUAUUAUACAUUUCAACAUUUUCAAGAGACAACCAAAUCUGCAGCCUCCGCACUCAAAUUUGACAAAGAUCUUGCUAAUGCAGAUUGGAACAUGGUUGAGAAAGCAAUUGUAUUUCAAAACCCAUAUGCACUAAACCAAGGAGAAACAAUAGAACAUCAAAAGGUGAGGUGUCCAAACUGUAACAAGGAAAUAAAUGAGACCCUUAACAUUGAAGCAAUGGAGCUGGCCAACCGGCGUCUUCUGUCAGCACAAAUUGCAAGCUACCAGAGACAAUACAGGAAUGAGACUCUGUCCCAGAGUGCAGCCCAGAUGCUAGUAGGUGCAGCAGGAAGCUUUGGUGAGAGGGGAGAAUACAUGAGUCUUGAGACAAUAAAAAAUUUUUCUGAAAGCAAAAAAAUUCUUACCUUUGUUAGAAAAGUAUUGCUCAAUUGGGUAUAUAAUACUAAAAAGGAAAAAGGGACCCCAUCAAGACAUUGCUUUUUUCGUGCAUUCCAUAAAGUAGUAUUUGCUGAUGAAUUUGAGUAUGUCGGAUACCUUGUGAUAGUAAUGAAUACAUACCCUACUGUAAUUUCUUUGAUACCUGUGUUAAAUGAUUUCUAUGAUGAUGAAUUAAGACAUUCCAACUACUUUUUUCUUGCAUUUUACAUCCUGGAGGCCCUAGUUAAGAUAGCAGCAAUGGGGAAGGAAUAUUUUUUACAUACCUGGAACAUAUUUGAAUUAGUAAUUACAUUAGUUGGCAUCAUAGAUAUAAUACUUAUGGAGGCACAUUUCAUUAAUAAUGUUUACGAUUUGGCUCAAACAGAAGUGUUUUUAAAAACUAUUCGAGUUUUACGCCUACUACGCAUUUUGAAGCUCAUAACACCAAAGUUGCUGCAAUUAAUUGAUAAAAGGAUGAGUCAUCAGCUGUCCUAUCGGUAUGCUAUACUAAAAGGAUAUGUCCAAGGUGAAGCAGAUGUAAUGACUAUAAUGGAUCAGAUUGCAAGUUCUAAACAGGUUAAACAGAUGUUGUUAAAGAGGGUAACGAAGAAUACAGUACAUGCUUUGAAAGACCUAGGCUACUUAGAGUACGAUCACCCAGAUAUUGCUAUCACUAUGAAAACAAAGGAGCAGAUUAAUGUCAUGCUCAAUUUGGCUAGAGAAAUUAUUAAGGCUUUCAGACUAAAAGGAAUUCUUCAUAAAAUUGAAGCUUUUGAAAUUAACAAGUUAAUAAUGGAAAAAAAAAGAGAGUUAUUUGAUUUUCAACCUAUCGUCAAAUCACUUACUCCUGUUGAAGCACUGUACCAUAUUCCAUGGCUAGACAAAGACAGAUACCAGAUAAAUUUUAUUCAGGAACAAGCCAAAUUUAUAACAUUUGACUGUGGAAAUGAUAUAUUUGAAGAAGGUGAUGACCCCAAAGGAAUUUAUAUAAUUAUUUCAGGCAUGAUAAAGCUUCAAAGAUCAAAACCAGGUUUGAUAAUUGACCACAUACUUUCUGACCCAGAGGAAACAGAUCUUCAGAUAACUUACACAGACUAUGUGAUCAGUGGGGAAAUAAUAGGAGAGCUAAACUGUUUAACUAAUGAACCCAUGAAAUAUUCUGCCACCUGCAAAACUGUAGUGGAGACAUGUUUUAUUCCCAUAAGUCACUUGUAUAAAACUUUUGAUCAAUGCUGUCCUCACAUUGAAUAUAAAAUGUGGCUAAAACUUGGACUUUCUAUUACUGCCAAAAAAAUCCGGGAGCAUUUAUCUUAUGAGGAAUGGACCUAUAAGAUGCAAUUAAAACUCUGUAAUAUAUUUGUAAAAGAUAUACCAAAGAAUACCAAGAGUGAUAUCUAUGAUGAAACCGUAAUUUAUGUCAUCCUCAUACAUGGAGCUGUAGAAGAUUGUCAGUUACGAAAAAUGUAUAAGGCACCUUUCUUAAUUCCUCUAACAUGCCACCAGAUACAAGGCACUGAAGAUUUCACAAAGGUAAUGAUUGUUCAGACCUCAAUUGGUAUGAAAAAAUUCAGAUGGAACACUACAAAAUAUAUACCUUCACCCAAAAGGUCCAUUCCACCAGCCAGAACAAAUUCAAAUGCAAAAUAUGAAGAAGGUGCUCAAUGUCAGGUACCAACUGAGAAUGAGGAGACGAAGAAACAGAAUGAUGAAAAC